ACUCCGGCCCAUAAGGAAAAAAAAACUCGAAGUAUUUGAGGAAAGGAAAGAAAGAAAUCAUUGCAUUUAAAUAACUGUACGUGUUCACGCUGCAGACGUCCACACGCAUCGCGCGAGCAAUUUGCACCGCUACUUUCUCUUUCACACGCUUCUACCUUCCGUGCAGCGCUCGAGGAUACAUGAGGAGGAUGCGGGUCUCCGGGCUUCUGUCAGGCGCUUUCCUUCUGCAUGUUCUCCUGACCGUGAGAUGUGUGCCUUUGCAUGGAACACGAGGGCUGAGCAAGCGCAAAGAGCCGACGGGUUGGCCCCAGAAUCUUCAUCCCCACUAUGAGAAGAGAAAAGGCAGAGUCCCGCACCCUCAGGACACAUUCAAACCUCAAGCAUGGCCAAAGGGAGAACCACAGCUCUCCAACCAACUCAGGAACAGCUUCGGGGGUCCAGGUCCACUUCGCUGUGGGGUCCCAGACUACUCAGGUCAGAGAGAAGUUCAUCUCAGCAGAGGCCACAGGCAAAAACGCUUUGUAAUUUUUGGAGGACGCUGGCCAAAAACUGACCUCACCUACAAAAUUCAGCGUUUCCCAUGGCAGAUGAGUGAGGACAAAGUCCGGCGUGUUCUACAGGAAGCUCUCAAGGUCUGGAGUGAUGUCACACCACUCACCUUUACUGAGGUCAAUAACCAAGAGGCCGACAUAAUCAUCGACUUCACAAGGUACUGGCAUGGUGAUAAUUUGCCCUUUGAUGGCCCUGGUGGGAUCCUGGCUCAUGCAUUUUUCCCAAGGACGCAUCGGGAGGGAGACAUCCAUUUUGACUAUGAUGAGUCCUGGACAGUAGGAAACGAACUUGGAACAGACCUUCUUCAAGUAGCAGCACAUGAGUUUGGUCAUGUUCUGGGUCUACAGCACUCUCUGGAGCCUGGAGCCAUUAUGUCCCCAUUUUACAGCUUCUCCUAUCCUCUCCAGCUCAGUGAGGAUGACAAGAAAGGCAUUCAGUACCUCUACGGUUCCCGGCCUCAAGCCUCACGCCACAUUUCUACAGAAACCAAUGAGAUUAUCAGCAGUGCACCUGACGCUUGUCAUACAGACUUUGAUGCUGUGUCUGUAAUCCGUGGGGAAUUGUUCUUCUUCAAGGCCAGCUAUGCCUGGCGCAUCAGGGAGGGCCGCUUACAAGCGGGAUACCCUGCCCUGGCCUCCCGACACUGGAGGGGCAUUCCAGAGAACUUAGACGCCGCCUAUGAAGACAAAAUCGGCAAUAUCUGGUUCUUUGAAGGUUCCAAGUACUGGGUGUUUGAUGCAGAGCACAAGAUAACUGGACCAGACUCUCUGCAGACUCUAGGCCUUCCCAUCACACACAUUCAGGCAUCACUGCACUUAAAGGAGCACCACGGCCACCAAACAUACUUCUUCAAGUCAGGAAGCUACUGGCGUUUAGAUUCUCAAGAGAAUAGAGUGGACACUGCCUACCCACGCAGCAUGCAGCACGACUGGUGGGGUAUUCCUGAAGAGAUUGAUGCUGCCUUCCAGGAUGCCAAUGGCUAUGCUGUCUUUAUCAGCCGCCGACAGUACUGGAAGUUUGACCCAGUUCAGCGCAAGUUUCUGGAAGGUUACCCACGCUAUGUUGGAGCAGACUUCUUUGGAUGUAGCAUGCCAUAAACUCUCAGGAAACUUCACUGUCUCUUGCACCAUGCUGCCACCCUCUCUGGUCUGAAGCAUUCAGUGUAAAUUUCUUGAACUGAUCAUUGGACUGAUCAGCCGGCCUUAUACAAACUUGCAUGAACCUCUACUUUUUUAUACAUGACCCACUGUAUGAUGUAACAUACACUGUGAAAAUGUGCUUCACCUAAAUUAACUGAUUUUAUUCAAGUCAAAAAUGUUUAAUCAUGCUAAAUUAAUCUGACAAUUAGUUACACAAAUGAAAGUAAUUUGUAUGGUUUGCAGGUGACUUCUUUUUUCAUUGUAAGUUCUUGCUCCCCAGGCAUUUAUAAUCCUUUUAUCUCAAAAAUGUCUGAUCAAUCCAUUUUCUUCUCAGGAAAUCUUGCACAUCUGAGCUUUAUGAACCAAGAGCAGCUAUGUCUGUAUUUUUUAUUAUCAAACUUCGACCAUGUCAAGAGACAUUAAUACCCUGUUAAGUUGAAAAAAAGGGUGCUAAAACAUUUGUAAUCAGGGAUUUUUGCAUUAGAUGCAAUGUCCGAAACUUGUAUUCGUAGGUUUUACAUUUCUCUGCAAGUUGUACUGUAAUUUAAAUACAGACGGAAAUCAGUUGAUUGUAGCAUGUUAGUUGCAUCUGAUGCCCUUUCUCCCCAUUAUUUACUGUACAGAUUGUUUUGAUUAGUAACAUGCAUUAGAAAACCGCAUUUAGAAAUCUCUCUCAUCCAAUAGGGGAGGGAUAUUUUGUGUUUGGAUAUGUUCUUUUAGGAACAGAAACUCUAGACACAUAAACUUGUUUAUGAUGUUGAUUUACACUGUAUGUUUGAGUAAUGUACACUCAAAAAAUAUUUUAGCCUAUUUUUAAAAUGUGCACAUUUCAAUUUGAUAAUAAAACUCCAUCAACUGAAUUUUGUAAUGUUUUACAAAAUUAAAUUAAUAAA